AUGGGAGACGCCGACGACUUCCCGCCGUCCAACAACAACGGCCCCUCGGCCGCCCUGCAGGGAGGCCCGGGGCCGCUCGAGGAGGACGACCGCUCCAGGGCCCCCGAAAACGCUGCAGACGCGCGCCCUGCGCGAGACAGGUCGCGCGGUCAAGGUUCGCGGAGGCCAAGCGGCUCGCGCACUUGCGGGAAAUGCGGUGGACACCUCACAGGACAGUUUGUCAGAGCACUCGGCGAUACGUACCACCUGGAGUGCUUCACAUGCCACGACUGCGAUAAGAUCGUGGCCUCCAAGUUCUUCCCCGUCCCCGACCAGGGCCCGAACCAGUACCCACUGUGCGAGACGGACUACUUCCGCCGCCUCGACCUCCUCUGCUACGACUGCGGCGGAGCCCUGCGAGGCUCGUACAUAACCGCGCUUGACCGUAAAUAUCACAUUGAGCAUUUCACCUGUUCUGUCUGUCCGACGGUCUUCGGAGCGCAAGACAGCUACUACGAGCAUGAUGGCAGCGUCUACUGCCACUUCCACUACUCGACAAAGUUCGCCCAGCGCUGCAACGGCUGCCAGACGGCCAUUCUCAAGCAGUUCGUCGAGAUAUUCCGCAACGGCCAAAACCAACACUGGCACCCGGAGUGCUACAUGAUUCACAAGUUCUGGAACGUGCGUCUGCACUCGUCGGGGGAGCCUGUCGUCGACAAGGCGUUGGUCGUGGAAGAAGACAACGAGGAGCUCAGGAAGGACGUCCGCAUGGAGGAAGAGCGCGUCGAGGAACGGGUGAACUGGAUAUGGAAGACCCUCUCCGCCUUCGAAGAGCGCUCGGCCACCUGCAUCUCAGACAUGCUCUUGCACGUCAGCAACGGAGCCUACUUCGAUGGAGUUCUGGCUGCCAGGCGAUUCAUUGUGCACAUCGACCUUCUGUUUGAAGCCGCCGAUGAUCUCGACCGUUUACUGGUUGCCGAGACCCCUAAAGGUCUCUCCUACUCCCGGGAAGCGAAGCUGCUUUGUAAGAAGGUUGUGGCUUUCUUCCAGCUUCUGGCUCAAUCCCAGGACACUGGCGUGCGGAGGCUUGGUGUGACGCAGGAACUGUUGUCCCUUGUCACAGGUCUCGCUCACUACCUCAAGCUCCUUAUUAGGAUCUGUCUUCAGGGCGCGCUCAAGCUUGAGCGUGAGACUGGCAGUGCUCAAGGCCUCACGGCCUUUAUGGACCAGAUCAACGCUCUCGAACCGAAACUCGAGGCGGACGGUACGGCCGAGGCCGCUGCGGAUUCUGCGCUUCUUGUUCAGCGAGUAGCCGAUACUUGUCCGGUUUGCGACAAGCCGGUUGAGGAUAAGUGCAUGAAGCAGGGCAAUCGAGUCUUCCACGUCGCUUGCAUGGCGUGCCAGGAUUGUGACAAAGACUUGCGGGAGUUGCAUGAUGCCAGAUGGAGCAGCGUUCAUGAAAGGCUUCUCUGCACGCAAUGUGCGACGAGUGUCUCGGACGCUGAAUCUGGCUUUGUACAAGUCACGAGGUUGAGGCAAUAUAUUCACCUCUUGAGGGUGGCUCACGCAAGGCUUCUAGCGACCCUGCGCACUAGUGGUGCGCUGCCACAUACUUCAGGCCUAGAUGACCCGAACUUGAUGGACUAUGAUUCCAACUCAGGCCAUCGUCUUUCUCCGGCGGGCUCUGACGCUGCAGAUCCGCCUCUGCUUCGCUCAGAUACGCGCUCCAAGUCAUACACCGGUCACAACUCCGGCGCUGCCCACGCCGCAAACUCCUCUUACGAGCAGACGCUUGGCGACAUCCGACGACUCCGGUCUACCAGACUGGAUAAGCAUCUUUCAAACACCAUGAAGCGCCCGCGGCAAUCUACAGUCAUGGACGGCCCAGCAGGCGUCCGUCCUGGCUCUGCCGGCGACGCGACUGAAGGAACAUCCCAGGCAAUGCGUAUCGAACAAUCGCGCGAGCAGGCUAACGACACCCGCCCCCUGACCUUUGGCUCCAACGGAAUCGCACUGGAUGACAUUCCGCGUAUCGUUGCCGCCGAGCAGGCCAAGGAUCAACGACCAAAUGCAGCGAGAUAUGCGCGGGAUCACCUUGUUGGCCAAGAACCGAAGCCCAAGCUUGUUAACGGCCACCGCAGGGAUGUCUCUGGGGCUAACGAGCUCGACAAGGCAAUUGCUGCUGGUGAAACUCAUACGGGCGGAAAGAAGUACUUCUCAGAGCUCACUGCUUUGGAAUACUUUAUCGUACGCCACGUUGCUGUACUUUCCAUGGAGCCCUUGCUCGAAGGCCACUUUAACCAAGAAGAGCUUCUUGAGCUGAUCGAGAGCCAGAAGCGGCCCAACUUCUGGAAUAAGUUCGGCAAAGCCUUCCAGGGAGGGAAGCAGAAAGAGCCCAAGGGCGCCAAGGGGAAGAAGGGUGUCUUCGGUAAAGCCUUGGAGUAUGUUGUCGAAAGGGAUGGUGCCGAAUCGACUGAUUGCGUGGGUCCUGGUACGCUCAAGGUCCCUGCCCUGGUUCAAGAUGCUGUCUCGGCCAUGCGCACAAUGGACAUGUCUGUCGAAGGUGUCUUCCGUAAGAACGGCAACAUCAAGCGCCUAAGGGAACUCACGGAGGAGAUCGAUGCCAAGGGUGGUGAUGCUGUCGACCUGACGCGGGAGAGCCCCGUCCAGGUUGCAGCAUUGCUCAAGAAGUUCCUUCGUGAACUACCGGAUCCUGUCAUGACGUUCAAGUUACAUCGCCUCUUCAUCACUGGAGCCAAAAUUCCGGACGAAGACAAGCGUCGGCGCGUGCUUCACCUGACGUGUUGCUUGAUGCCCAAGGUUCAUCGUGAUACGAUGGAAGUUUUGUUCACCUUCAUGAACUGGGUCUCUUCCUUCCAUACCGUGGACGAGGAGACAGGAUCAAAGAUGGACAUCCACAACCUUGCCACGGUCAUUGCGCCUAAUAUCCUUUACUCUAGCACCAAGAGCCCCGACAUGGAUAGCAGCUUCCUCGCCAUUGAGGCAGUGCAUACGCUGAUACAGUGCAACGAUUCCAUGUGCGAGGUUCCGGAAGACUUGCAGUCCAUUCUGACCGACUCGUCAAUGUUCGACCUCAGCGCGGAGCUUACCACUAAGGAAAUUCUCAAGCGUGUCGGCGAGCUCGGCAAGAUUCCGCAGACCACAGUGCAAACAAUCCCUGCUCAGCACAACUCCGGCCGCUCGUCGACUCCUGUGGUUGCGCGCAUCGAGACGGAUCCUGCAUCCUGGCAGACCGAGAGCUCCGUGCGACAUGUUGGCGGCAAUGGCCCAGGUAAAAAUAACCCGAACCAAGGCCCUUCCAAUAGCCAUCAUAACGGUCAUCAACAGAAUCAUAAUAACAAUCUGGGCGCUCCCAACCCACCGUAUGCGCACCCCUCAUCCUCACCCGAGUCUCAGGGCAGUCACGGCAGCCGUGGCGGGUCCCCUAGUCGGUACUAUCAGCAGCACAGACCACCCCAGGGGCCUUCUCGUCCGGGUCACGUUGCACCCACUGGGGCAACGUGA